CGGGAGAACAAAAUAUAUAUCUCCAACAUGGCCAUAUACAUUGUUGGAAUAAUGUGAAGUUUUUUUUCCUACCAACAUUUCUUUGGUUUGUUAUGUCUUAUUAAUCACCUUUAUCGACUUGAACAGAAUUGCGCCUGCUUCUGUGUAAAUAGUUGAAAGAUGACGGCUGUUGAACUAAAAGACCAAGGCAAUCGGCUGUUUGCCAUGAAGAAAUUCGAGGCUGCCAUAAGCUGUUACACGAAAGCCAUUAUCAAAAGCCCUAACACACCAACAUUCUUCACCAAUCGAGCACUGUGCCAUUUGAAGUUAAAGCAGUGGGAACAGGCUAUCCAAGAUUGUCGACAUGCUCUCGAUAUGGACAGAUCACUUGUUAAGGGUCACUUCUUCUUGGGACAGGCUCUUGUUGAGCUUGGUUACUAUGAUGAGUCAAUAGCCAGCCUAAAGAGAGCUUACGACCUUGCCAAGGAACAGAGAAUGAACUUUGGAGAUGACAUUGCAAGUGCUCUCCGAAGUGCCAAAAAGAAACGGUGGAAUGUCAUAGAAGAGAAACGCAUCCAACAGGAAAUAGCACUUCAAACCUACCUCAACAGACUGAUCUCUGAAGAGCUUCAAAGGCAGCAAGAAAUGGUGCGGCAGAUGUAUAAAGACACCGACUGUACAGAAGAACUGAAGAAUAUAGAGCAGGAACAUAAAAUUCACUUAGUUGAAGUGAAUGCCUUAUUCUCACUGUUAGAUGAACGAAGAAAGAAACGUGAUGUCCCUGAUUAUUUGUGUGGCCGAAUAAGUUUUGAGCUAAUGAAGGAACCUGUUAUAACCCCCAGUGGUAUUACCUAUGAUCGCAAGGAUGUUGUUGAACACCUCCAUAGAGUUGGGCAUUUUGAUCCAGUGACUCGGACAUUCCUUACUGAGGAGAAUUUGAUCCCCAACCUGGCAAUGAAAGAAGUAAUCGAUGCCUUUUUGGAGGAGAAUCCGUGGGGUGAAGAUUAUUAAAGCUUUCGCUAGACAGUCAUGUGACUGUCAACUGUGAUGAUGGCAUCGGUGGUCAGUUGGUCAGUUUGUGAAGCUUGUGAAGUUGGUCAGCUUGGUGAAGGUGUCAGAAGUAGUAGUGAUGAUGUUGUUCUUGGUUGCAGACAACCCCUACUUCAUGCACACACGUGCACACACAAUCUGUUGCUGCAAAAAAUGUACUCUGUGUACACAUGCACUCAUGCAUGUGCACAUCCUUAUCUCCUGCAGCACUACACACAUGCAAAUAACCACACUUUAAGCACAGGGUUGUUAUAAUAAAAGAAACAUAUUUAUACAUGGAUACAGACCACAUACAUGUGCACUGUUAGUGGCUUGGACCAUACAGACUGACAAACAGCAUAUAUAUAUAUAUAUAUAUAUAAUAUAUAUAUAUAUAUAUUAUAUAUA